AAACACCACGCAGCGUGUUACCAGACCUACGAUGCUUGCGGUGAGGAGGGCCACAUACAUCUGUGCAACAUGCAGGCCCAACCUCGCAGUGUCGCAGCUGCGCAAUGUGCGCGGCCUAUUCACUGACGGACAGCGUCUAAGACAAGCCACCUGCCUUCGAUUGACGAGCGCAGCGAAUUCCCAAACAUGCGUUCGAUCACAGAAUCGCCAGAUCUCCUCGACAGUCCCAGAAUCGGAAAAAGCGAUUGAGGGUGUGUACCCGACGUCUGAAACCACCGAAUAUCCCACCUCUGCGCUCGAAGCCAACCCAGAGGAUGCCGCCCGAAGGGCAAGACAACUAUUUGGUGAUACCCUACCACGAAAUUAUCUCAGCGAGGACGAAUUUGCUGUAUACGAGCGCCUGUACGGAACGCCUGUUUUUGUAGAACAAAUCGAAGAAUUGGAAGAAGUCGACGGCGAGCAACAGGAGGUCUUUGAGGCGAAGAUGCCAGAUGGGAAAUUGGUUCUGCUUAGGACAAAUGAACAUGGCGAGCUUGAGCAAGUCGAGACUUAUAAUCAGGACAAUGAGAUCGAUCUAGCCGAGGCGGAGGCAUUGGAGGAAGAGGAUGAAGAAGAAGCCAUGACGGAGGCAGAGUGGGAGGAAUACAGAGCAGUGAAGGCCCAAAAUUAUCAUCAGGAUGUAUACGAGAAGAGUCGGAUAGCUCAGGAGGGAGAGAUUGGAGAAGCAGACGAAGAGGAGGAUGCCGAUUUCAUGCGUGCCCACCCAUUGACAAUUGCUGGUCGCUCGAAGCCGUCAUCUGCGACCGUUUUCCUACCCCAAGAUACCUUCACAGAACCUGUCGCGACCCUUCUCACUCGCGCCAACCACAAGCAUCUUACUGAAUCUGUGAAGCGAAUAUUCGGCGGACCAGGGCUGCCACAUUCCGCGACCACGCUCCCUGCACGCGUAGGGGCAGAACAAAAGCCAAUCACCCUCGAUCCUUCGAUGGGAGACAUGGGGAAUAUCGAGGCGGACGCAUACCUAGCAGCGGUCAUGCCAGGAACAUAUGCAGCGGUUAUGGGUACACUGGUGGAGGUGAGGCGAAGGCUUGGGUCGUCAUGGAUCGAGAGGUUACUCAACAGGAAGACGGGGCCAGUAGUAUUGGAUGCUGGGGCAGGCGGUGCCGGCAUCCUGGCAUGGCACCAGGUUCUCAAAGCCGAAUGGGCACGAAUGCAUGAGGAGUCUGGCGCAUCCUCCCACGGGUCUGCUCCGCUUGGAAAGGCCACUGUUCUUGUCGGUGCCGACACCCUGCGCCAUCGUGCGAGCCGACUACUGGAGAACACCACAUUCAUACCCCGCCUACCGGACGCCAUCACAGAGGAAGAUGCGACAAACUCUCAGCAACCCCGAAAAGUGUACGACCUUAUCAUCGCCCCGCACACAUUAUGGCCACUGAACCAGGAACACCUCCGCAAAGAGCAGACAGAGAAGUAUUGGUCUUUGUUGAAUCCAAAGGGAGGUGUUUUGAUACUCAUAGAAAAGGGUCUUCCGCGGGGGUUUGAGGUUGUGGCUGGUGCUCGCCAGCUAUUGCUCGAUAAACACAUUGCCUCCCCUGGAUCCACGGAAGUCGAAGUCCCCGUUGAGGAACAAGUAUCCAAGCCGAACGAGGAAAGUAGGUUCUCGAAGAAGGAGACAGGCAUGAUCAUCGCUCCUUGCACAAACCACAGCACCUGCCCAAUGUAUCAGUCCCCAGGCAUUAGUCAUGGUCGCAAGGACUUCUGUUACUUCAACCAGCGCUACAUCCGUCCGCCAUUCCUCCAGCGCAUUCUGAAUGCGAAGGACCGUAACCAUGAGGACAUACAAUUCAGCUAUCUCGCCGUCCAACGAGGACGAGAUCAACGCCUUCCAUUGUACGAUCCUUUAGGUAAAGGCGUCCAGCAGGACGCAGAGACCGCUACCCGCGCAUUUGAGGGCCAUGAAUGGAACGGCGAAGAUGAGCUACGCACGGCGGCCGAUGUCAAUACUCUCUCUCUGCCUCGCCUCAUACUACCGGCACUCAAGCGCCGAGGUCACAUUACCUUUGACGUAUGCACCCCCGACGCCAAACUCGAACGCUGGACCGUUCCCAGAAGCUUCUCCAAGCAAGCCUUCCGCGAUGCACGCAAGGCUCGGUGGGGGGAUCUCUGGGCCCUGGGAGCCAAAACUAGGACACCGAGGAACGUUCGGCUAGGCAGGCCUAGGGACGAGUUCGACAAGAAGGGCCGCAGGAUUAAGGCACCCAAGAAGGUGGUCUUCGAUAUCGAGGCCGGCAGCACCCCGGACCCAGAGAUGAAAGCGAGGGGGAACGGAAGGUAUACGCAAGACCGAAAAAUAAGAGGGAGCGGAGGCCGCAAAGGCAGGAGAAAGAGCAUAGAUUUGAUGAAUGACCUGGAUUAAAUCGGCGUUACGACAACCAUUCCUUGACAUGGAGGAUCAUGUAAAAUAACGAUAUGUACCAAUACUUGUACUCGACGGAGUUGACGGAAAAAGGAAAGAAUAUGGCCAUUGGGUGGCGCUCUCAUUUCAAUCUCGGGGCACUUUCACACACUGGCCCCAACCCUGAAGGAAAAACAAACUCUGCUUAUACGGCCAUUGUUGGCCUCGUAAAUGUUGACAUUUCAACUCUUCAAAUACAGCAAUGGUGUGCAUUCAUCACGUACCACCACUAUGUCUAACAUCUGUCUAUUUAUGUGCAUUUGUACAGAUAAAUAGUUAUUGCUUAG